ACCGUCACCAAUGGGUCACACCGUACUCGCGACUCGAAUCGAACCUGCACGACGAAACAAACAAAAGAAUCCUUCAGAGAAGCACCGGUGUGGUGCCGGCCGAAGGCUCUCCGACGGUCAAGUUAGAAUUCCUUUGUUUUACUUAGUGCGUUAGAGAGGGUUCAUAAAAGCAUACCUCGGUUUCUGUGGGUAUUACGCCUUUUUAUAGUGAUAAGGGGUUGACUUUCCCUUUUUGGUUUCCACAUCUUUUCAAUGUGGGACUCUAUUCCCAAUUCUUCCAAACGUGGUGAGCAAGGAUUCCCAUUUCCGGAUCAUGGGCCCUCGCUGCGUCAGCAGUGAUGGGCCUUCAAAGCUGGGACCAUACUUACGCAGGCCCAAGAGACCCAAUCCGUCAGGCCCAUUAAGGUAAGCCCAUCAUGCCCAAUAUUUUAUCAUCUUCAGUUGCCCCCUUCACCCCAAUGAUCCGUCAUCUUUAAGGACAAAGGAUCAAUGGGGUGACGGUCCUUAUGUAUGGCUAUGACGGAUUCAUGCAGAAUAGGAUGACGGUCCCAGAUGGAUCAACUCGUCAAAGGAAGAAUCAUCAAGUUGACGGUUACAUGACGGGUACAAAUCUGUUGGUACGUACUGACAGGUUGUCAGCAUUUAUUAAGCAUGCCACGUGUCACUCUCUGAAUGGUCGUUGUAUAGGAUCGAAGCGUCGCUUCGUCUUCCGUGCACUUCCUAUAUAUAUAAGGCGCCUCACUCUUUCAUUUUUCAAUUUUCACUCAGAAAACAUUUGUCAGAGCGAAGCCGUCAACCUUGUCAGAGAAAUCCGUCGAGGACGAAUAUUUGCUGAUUACACCAACCGUCACCUAUCCUCUGCUAAGUUCGGUAGACGGCGCCCACAAGUCAGCCUUGAGGAGUUUAGUUUCCUUGAAAAGAUUUGCAGGAAAACUACGCCGGAGGAAAGGACUUGGGCUAAGUUGGUGAACCCAAGGACCAUACAUUGGUACUGUGACGGUCCUGAGCCCACCCAAGAAGCAAUUAGAUACGACGAACGAGUUCAUAAACAGAUGGAUGACGCAAAAAGGAGAGCUUUGAUCAAAUCCCAAGCCGUCAAGAAGAGGGAAUCCGGCGAGGUGGUUCCUAAGGUGUCGGCUUCAGCACCUAAGAGGAAACCAACAUCAAAAUCUGACCGUCCGUUUAAGCAACCAAAAGUCUCACUUGAGCCCGUGGUUGGUUUGAUGGCAGAGGGUGUCAAGACCGUCACCCCAGCUAAGAAGGGGACAGGUAAAGGACUGAUGACGGCCCCAGAGGGUAAGCAAGAGAGACCUCCUUCCCUUCUCCGUGACGACUCCAAGUAUGCAUUGGAGAAGCUGUCGUCCAUCAUCACGGCAGAAGACUAUGAAGACCUGGGAAACCAUUCGACGGAGGCCAUGGGGGAGACGGGCCUCUUCUCCGUCGCUCAGUCCUUGGUCAUGAUGAAGGGACUACUUGACCGGUGUCUCAACCGUGAGAGUACCUUGGACCGGGUGCGCGCGAAGGCGCAGCAGACGGAGGAAGAGCUCGGACAACUUCAGAGAUGGAGGUCCAAGAUGGAGAAGAAGCUGGAGCUUUCUGAGCAGGCGAGGAAGGAGCUGGAGGAGAAGACGGCCACUUCGCUGACGGUCAUAGAGAAUAAAGAGGCUGAGAUCAAACAACUCAAAGAAGAUCUCCGUCAGGCUAAAGUGGCAGCCGUCGAGGAAUACCGAUGCUCGGAGUCCUGUUUGAGCGAGCUGUCGGAUUCCUUCCUCCAAGGCUUCGAUGAUUCCCUCCGUCAAGUCAAGAAGGCUUAUCCAGAGCUGGACUUGACAAUGGUCAAACUUGAGGACCAAGCCCAGACUUCUGCCCUCCCCGUCGCCUCCGAAAACACGGAGGACCUUUUUGGCGACGGUGCUGCUCAAGGAGACGGAGAGUCCGCCCCGUCGAAGGAUGUCCCAGUUGCUGAAGAAAAGAAAGAUUGAUGCCUAUGUACUUUAUUUUGUGAACAAUCCGUCCCUCUUUUUUAUUCAUUUUUUAA